UUGUGUUAAGCAGCAGUAUUGCGGAUCGCGUCUGUCAACCCACUCAUGCUGCGUACACGAUCAACUGAUCCAGUGGCUGAGCACUCCUGUGUUUAGGGGCACUCUCGUGUGAAACUGCCCGUGGGAAUACACCGCAAACAUGUCACGGCAUCAUCACCAAAGGACGCCGCUGAAAAACGAGGAGAGCGUCGUGGAGGUGAAGAGCAAAUUUGAGGCGGAGUACCGAAGGUUUGCCCUGAAAAGGAAUGGAGCUGUGGGCUUCCAGAAUUUCUACCAACUGCUGCAGACCAUCCAUAGGAUCCCCGGAGUGGACGUGCUGCUGGGGUAUGCUGACAUACAUGGAGAUCUACUUCCGAUCAACAACGAUGACAACUUUUACAAAGCACUGUCCUCAGCCAAUCCACUACUUCGAAUUAUUAUCCAAAAGAGAGAUGUGGAUGACCCCAUACCCUUCCCCACAGGGUCUCUUCAGAGAAGAAAAAAGGGCCUAGCAGGUCUGCGUCAAUCCCAACAGAAGUCUAAACCGGCGCUGCUCAUCGGCCUUCCACAGGAUUUCCGGCAGAUCUCUUCUAUCAUCGAUGUGGACAUCUUGCCCGAUACACAUCUUCGUGUCCGUUUGCACAAGGAUGGCACCCACAAACCCCUGGGCUUUUACAUCCGUGAUGGCGUCAGCGUUCGCAUUACAGCCCAAGGGGUAGAGAAGGUUCCGGGCGUUUUCAUCUCACGCCUCGUGAAGGGCGGUUUGGCCGAGAGCACAGGAUUACUGGGAGUUAACGAUGAGAUUCUUGAGGUGAAUGGUAUCGAUGUGGCAGGGAAGUCACUGGACCAGGUGACUGAUAUGAUGGUUGCAAACAGCCACAACCUCAUUGUUACAGUGAAACCUGUCAAUCAGCGCAACAGCACCAUGGAUCGCGCAAGUAAAACCUCAGCCGGCAACAGUUCUGCUGGCACGGGAGGGUCCGCCCUCUCUCAUGACUCCGCCCCCAGUCCCGCCUCACACAAUCCCAGCCCAUACAGCAACAGCAACAGUGUGGCUGAGGGGGAUAGUGAUGACGAUACUGAUCUCAUCAUAGAAAACGACAAUUUGCUUACAUACAUUCCACACCGCAUGUCUAAUGGAAACGUCAGCCAUGGUAACGCCCUGUCGUCGGGCUCAUUUACACACAGGCCUCUCCCGCAAAGUGUUUCCUUGCCCAGUAGCAGCUCUUUGUCAGACAGCAAGGCCUCUUUAAGCUCCCUAACCACACCGACACACAAUGGCAGCCUCACCAAGACGAGUAGCAGCCAAGAAAGCAUGAGAGAGGAUGGAAACUUCAUUACAUUGUGAGCAAGUGCGCUACAGUAUGCUUUACACUACAUCGUCUGAUCUUGAGAGUAGGACUUGUUAUGACACGUUUAUGCACAUUUGUAAGAACAUGAAGGACUAUUAUAUUAUUAUUAUUAACUAUAAUUUUUUUGCCAUUACAGUCACAAAACAACAAACUGUUCAUAAUAAUCUCUGUGAAUGAGGACCUUCAACCCAGAAUCACACAUGUUGCACAAUCUAGCUGGGUGCAGUUUAAGGGUGCAGUACACACUCUGAGGGGCCCCAGCAUGUGGCUGUCAUCAUAUGGAAGUGCCUUACGGCUCUCCACUCCUUGCGCCUUAGUUUUUUUAUUAUUAUUAUUAUUAUUUUUGUCUGUUGCCAGGACAUAUACAUCUCACCUGUGAAACUCUAUUUAUGGUACUUCAUUGGACAGUCGAUCAGCUCACAAACACUGCGAAUAUUGUGCGCUAGCUACUACUUGGAUGCCUGACAUUAACGCUUGCACAUCUCAGAGGGCGUGAGAAAAAUGAAUCGCCUCUGUGAAAGUGCUGUGCCUCUUACUGUGGAUUCAUCUCACUUUUUAUGAUGCCUCUUGCAAUGAUGACGGUAAUGAUUAAAACUGAUAAUGUUGAUGAGGUGCAGAAAAAUAGAAGUGUAAAAUCUGAUCUAAUCAGUGUUGAUUAUGUUAGAUUACUCAUCUCGCCUGAUACUAAUACAUAUAUUGCCCACAGUGUUUAUUACUCAAGAUGGCCCAAGAAAUCUGCUCUACAUGUUGAUUUUUAAGUGUUUGUGAAUCAUGUUUUCAUAACACUUUACAAUGAGGUUCCAAUAGUUAACAUGAACUAACGAUGAACAAUCAUUUUACAGCAUUUAUUAAUCUUUGUUAAUGUUAAUUUAAACAUUAACUAAUACUUUUCUUUUUUUUUUAACAAAAGUUGUAUUUGUUAAUAUUAGUUAAUGCAUUAUGAACUAACAAUGAACAACUGUAUUGUUAUUAACUAGUAUUAACUACAAUUUAAUAAAUGCUGUAAAAACUAUUUCGUUCACAGUUUGUUAAUGAUACUUAACGCAUUAACUAAUAUUAACAAAUGGAACCUUAUUGUAAAGUGUUACCCAUGUUUUUAAUAUCUAUAAACUCUAUGUGUCUAUCAUGAGUCUGAUAUGGUCUGUACCUGAGACAGAAAGGAAGUGUAGCAUUAAGACGACCCCGCCUUUGUAAACUGGCCUUCCAGAUAUGCCAAUAUUGAAACAUGUUUUCACUUUCAGCUUGUUCAGAUGCUAAUCAUCUUAACACUCACGAGUUCCUUUGAUUUUUGCAUUAACAUAAUUAUGAUUUCAUAAAAAGCACACAUAGUUUGAAAAUAUUGGCUGUUUGCAUACACACGGAUGGUUUAAAAUGAGUGGCCUUCUUUUUUGGUCUGUUCCCUUUCUCCUAUAGUGUUGCAUUAAGAUUGUAACAUGGUUUGAACCAUUGGAUUAAUGUUCUAAUUUUUCCUGCCUCUGUUUUUGAUUUUAGUUUUUUCAAUCCAGAAAAAUAGUAAUCUAUAUAUUUAACUGGCACCAGUGUGGUGUAAUUUCAGAAAGACUUCACCUCUCGUUGAUUCAGUCUGUCUAUUCUCCUGUGUGCUCUGUUUUUCUGUGAGAGAAAAAAAAAUAGGAAAUUCCUUUCAUGUUUGGAAAGGCCAGAAUUCUGCACAUUGGGACCUUUUUCAACACAGUCCACUCCUGAUGGCCAAAGCUGUGAGGCUUUCUUAGCCACGGUGAGUGUGUGCGUAUGUGUGUGCUCAGUCAUAUUUUUUUAAGUAUAAUCUUUCAGAAACAGUACUACGGUAGACACCGUCAGAUUCCGAGCCAAAUAUUGGCUUCUUUAAUGUCUAACAGACUUGAGCACUGAGCAGCCUGUUUUCCUGUUACGGUUUCCAAGGUGAAUCCUUGUUUAGACUUUGGAGAUACUUGCUGCAGGACUUCAAACCAUGUGUGAUCGAUGGUGGAAAAACUUCGAAAGACAAAAAAUACCCCUUACUGUGGAUCUGUUAAAUGGUUUCAUUGCAGUUGAUUCUUAUCAACUGGGCUGAACAACCAUGAUUAUACAUGGAGUAAAUCAAAUUAAGAAGAUAGUUACUAAUAUAUUUUAUUUUUUGGUAGUACUUUAUAAUAAGGUUGUAUACAUUAACAUUUAUUUAAUGCAACAAAAACUUUACAGCAUUUAAUAAUCUCGAUUCAUGUUAAUUUCUACAUAUGCUAUUGCAUUUAACAUUAAAAGUUGUUAACCUUAACAUUAUGUAUUAGAGCUAACAAUGAACAAUAGUAUAUUUUAAAAUGAACAUUAACCUAGAUUAUUAAUUUUGUACAAAUAUUGUUCAUGAUACCUAAUGCAUUAAUAAGUAUGUCAACAUGUUGAGCCAUAUUGUAGUGCUGCCAGAUUUUCUUUUCCACCAUCCUGAAUGUUUGGAAGGACAUAUAGAGUUUGAAAUAUGUGUUUAGAAGCAGGUGACCGCAAAAUCAAUCAGGAGGCCAGUAUUUAAAUAUCAUAAUUGAUAGGUGUGAUUCAAGGUUUAGGCUCAUCUGCUGUGCAUUAUCUGGUUUAACUUGAUCAGUAUAACAAAUUAGGUGUUAUUUUGCCACAAUUUAAAUUUAUCAAGGUAGCCUUUGGUCUGGACUUGCAGAUAGUGUCCCAUUGCUUUUGGUUUUAACAGCAACACUGUCAGGAGGACAAGUCAAAGAGAGUUAUUUAAUAGGCUACGUAUAGCAAGGGACAAAUAGAAACGUGAAUCGUCAAGUUGUUUUGGUGACUAUAUUUAAUAUCUGUUUUAUUGUUCUGUGGAGGGAGUAGAGCGAGAUGUGCUGGUCUGGAUAUGCUGAGAGAAAUUGAAGAGAUCUUUGGCAUAUAAAGUCUUUUGAACUAGUACACACUGUUGAACAGCACACUUUCAGAGCACCAAUAAUACCACAUGAGCAUUAUUUUUAUUAUGUAUAAAAAGAAAUAUGAAACAAACACUUUUGUAUACUAGGAGCCCUUUUUAUUAAAAAAAAAGAGCAUUUUAUAUAUGUGUAAAAUAUGGAAAGUAUUUUUCUUAUUCUUGUACUUUUGUAUGUAUAUUAGAAUUCUGGAGAGGUUUCUAUUUCUUUUCAGUAUCAAAAACAAAACUCAAAUCUUUAGAAGCUCGUGUUUUUAUUAUAAUCAAAUGGGUCAAUGUGUACAAUACUGUG